AUGAAAAAAGUUCUAAAUGGAGCGACUCAGAUAGAACAAAAAGAAGAAGCCUUUUCUAAAAGGACAUUAAGUAGUGAUAAAUUUAAUCCUAACCAAUUUGAGGAUAAUGAAGAUGAGUGGGUAAUUAACCUUAACGAAAUUAAUCUUAAUAAAUCAGCUAGUAAUAUUUCAGGGACUAAUCAGGCUUUAGAUUUAAAGAUAAAUAUUUCAUUAGGAAGUAAUA